CAAGUAGUAUAUAAACAUUAGUCAAUGUUGAUAAAUGAAUAAAAUGCAGCUCGGCUUUAUUGAUAGUUCAUGGUUAUGGCUACCAAGAGGAAAUGGUAACAGAGUGAAGAAAAAAAUUGAACUUUGAUUUAAGCUUUUCUCUAUCAUCAGAUCUCGGACAAAGUCCACCUGCUAAGUCAACCCAGAACUGACACCAUUUCAAGUGCUUACAGCAAAAUACAAAUCAACCCACUGUAAGAGAAGAAGCCAAGGAAGGUAAAGAAUGGAUUCCACAUUUAUUAAGUCUGUAACCAAGAGAGUAUGGUCCCCCACCCGGCGGCCCUUCAGGGUGUGUUGCCCCAACAGGGAGAUCAGGAAAGGAGUCACUGCUGGCACUUUAGAGGAGCUAAAAGAGAGGGCCUGCCAAGCAUUGCUGCUGUCCCUAUCAGCUAUGUCCUUGUCUCUAGUCUGUGAAGAGGAUGGUACAGAGGUGGAUUCAGACGAGUUCCUUUUUACACUGCCAGACAACACCAUGCUCAUGGCCUUGAAACCCGGGCAAACCUGGAAACCUCUGUCUGGAGCUGUUGUGACUAAACCUACCAACAAGCCCCGCAAUGGUAAAGACAUCGCUCGCGUUACAUUUGACCUUUACAAGAUGAGCCCUAAGGACAUGUUCGGCUCCCUGAGUGUAAAGGCGACUUUUCAAGGCUUGUAUUCAGUCAGUGCAGAUUUCCAAUGUCUGGGGCCAAAGAAAGUUCUCAGAGAGGCACUCAGAGUGGCCUCGACCCUACUUCAGGCAGCAGGACACCUUCUCAUAACCUCUGCGGCACUAAUUCGGCGCAUUAUUGAAGGAGCUGAGCUGUGGCAGCCACAACGGGGAGAAUACACCGCCACUUGGAACUGAAACCGUUUACAUAAUGCCCUGUUAAGCUCUUAAUUAGACUAUUUGUGUAA